AUGCCUCCCAUGGGGCGGCGGCGGGGAGGGAGGCGGCGCGGUCGGACUCGUCGCCGUACACCCCCGCGACGCCCCGGUCGCGGUUCGCGGCGGAGUUCUCGCCCGAGGCGUUCGACGAGCCGGGGGCCGGGGAGGUGCCGUCGGCCAAGGAGAGCGUCACCGCCACCGUCCGCUUCCGGCCGCUCAGGUUUGCUUCGCCUGCGCCGUUACAGUGCACGUGGUUUGGUUGGGCUUUGGAUUCGGGCAAUGCGGACUGACACCGGUGGCGGUUUUGUUUGUGUGUGUGGAAGCUCGCGGGAGAUUCGGCAGGGGGAGGAGAUCGCGUGGUACGCGGACGGCGAGACCAUCGUGCGGAGCGAGCACAAUCCCAACAUCGCUUAUGCAUACGAUCGUGUGUUUGGACCAACUACGACGACACAACAGGUAUAUGAUGUUGCGGCUCAACAUGUUGUCAGUGGUGCCAUGCAAGGAAUAAAUGGAACAAUAUUUGCAUAUGGGGUUACAAGCAGUGGGAAGACACAUACGAUGCAUGGAGAUCAAAGAUCCCCAGGGAUUAUACCUUUGGCCGUGAAAGAUGCGUUUGGCAUAAUACAAGAGACCCUGAAUCGGGAGUUUCUUCUUCGUGUGUCAUACUUGGAAAUUUAUAACGAGGUUGUGAACGAUCUCCUAAAUCCUGCAGGGAAGAAUUUACGAGUUAGGGAGGAUCUUCAGGGAACAUUUGUUGAGGGCAUAAAGGAAGAAGUAGUGUUAUCUCCUACCCAUGUUUUGUCCCUUAUUGCAGCCGGAGAAGAGCAUAGGCAUGUUGGAUCCACUAACUUUAAUCUUCUAAGUAGCAGAAGCCACACAAUUUUCACACUGACAGUAGAGAGCAGCCCCUGCUGUGAGUCUAAUGAAGGAGAAACGAACCUCAUCGAUCUGGCAGGUUCAGAGAGUUCAAGGGCUGAAACAACAGGAGCACGCCGGAAGGAAGGGUCUUAUAUCAAUAAAAGUCUGCUGACUCUUGGAACGGUGAUAUCAAAAUUGACUGAUGGAAAAGCUACUCAUGUUCCAUUUCGAAACUCAAAAUUAACACGUUUACUGCAGUCAUCCUUGAGUGGCCAAGGACGUGUUUCUCUGAUUUGCACGGUUACUCCAGCAUCGAGCAACUCUGAAGAAACUCAUAAUACGUUAAAAUUUGCCCACCGCUCAAAGCACAUUGAGAUCCAAGCAUUACAAAACAAGAUUAUUGAUGAGAAAUCUCUAAUAAAGAAGUACCAAAGUGAAAUUCGUCAACUAAGGGAAGAGCUAGAACAGCUGAAAAGAGGGAUCUUUACUGCCACUCCUUUGGAAGAUGUCACAGAAGAUAAUAUCAUUCUUUGGAAACAGAAGCUAGAAGAUGGUAAUGUCAAGCUUCAGUCUAGACUGGAACAAGAAGAAGAAGCCAAAGCUGCUUUGCUUGGCAGGAUACAGCGUCUAACAAAACUAAUCCUGGUUUCCACCAGAGCAACCCAGACUACUAGAUCAUCUCAACAUCCUGGCACAAGGCGCAGACAUUCUUUUGGUGAAGGAGAGCUGGCAUAUCUCCCACAUAGAAGGCGAGAUAUUAUCGUGAAUAGCGAUAGAAAUGAGCUGGUUAUGCCGAGGGAAGGAUUUGGUGAAGCACUUGAAAUGUCUCCUAAGGAGGAGAAGCAAAGUCGUAAAGGACUCCUUAACUGGUUCAAACUUCGGAAGCGUGAUAGUGGUUCUGCUACCCUGGCAUGUUCUGAUGGUGGUAAAUCUAGUUUGACCAAAUCAUUCACUGCUCCUUCAAAACGUCUGGAGGAUGGGAUUAAUUUUCUAUCAGAACAGAGGACGUGGAAUUCUAUGCUUGAUGAGAAUGUACCAGCUGAUUUUUUGAGUGUUGACCUAGGAAUUCCUUCUGACAGCUCUCCUCUAGAAGAUAUACUGUCCGUACAAAGUGUCAGCAGAAAAAGAGAAAUCUUAGAUGAUGUUGAUCUAUUGAGGGAGCAGUUAAAGAUUUCGUCAGGGGAGGCUGUGCUCCACGCAAAUGUUGUAAAGCACCUCACAGAGGAAGCUGGAAUAAGCGGAAUGAGCAAACAGAUUGAGAUGGAAAGGAUGGCCAAUGAUGAGAUUAAAUGCAAGCAGCAGAUAGUAUCUUUGGAAAAUCAGAAUGCUCAUUCAGUGGCAGACAGUCAAGAAAAGCUUGACACUUCAGAACUUUCACCGUAUUACGCUAAGAUACUUAAGCAACUCAAUGAGAAGGCCUUUCAACUUGAGGUGAAAACAGCAGAUAACAGGAUACUGGAAGACCAGCUAGAGAAAAAGGCAAGCGAAUGUGAAGAGUUGCAAGAAACGGUUGUUUACUUGAAAGAACUGAUCGUCCAAGCUCUUCAAAUUGACGAGUUUUUACCAGAAAGAAUCAGAUUGCAGCAGCAAACAGGCAUCGGCCAUGACGUUGGAUCACAAGGUCAUAAUGAUAAUCCAUUAUCCAGUGAUGUAUCUGAAAAACCACUGGAGAACACAUCGCAGUCAGAGAUCGACGAACUGAAGCAGAAACUGUGCGAACUCACUGAAGCCAAAGCUCAGCUAGAGGUCCGUAACCAGGAACUUCUCGAGGAAAGCAUGUACGCCAAGGGCCUGGCCUCAGCCGCGGGUGUCGAACUGAGAGCACUUUCUGAAGAAGUCACCAAACUCGUCAAGCAGAAUGAGAAGCUUGCCAGCGAGGUGGAGUCAGCGAGAAACUCGACUCCACGAAGAGCAAGCCAUAGCCCGAAGGCAGCUCGAAAGGGCAGCCACGUCGAACGGCACGAACCGGGUGGUAAGAGAGACACGAACUCAAGCAGCCAGAGGGAGCAAGCUCUGGAGGCCAUGCUCGCGGAGAAGGACCAGAGAGAAGCUGAACUCGAGAAGAAAAUCGAGGAGUCGAAGCAGAAGGAGGCCUUCCUGGAGGGCGAGCUCGCAAAUAUAUGGACCUUGGUGGCGAAACUGAGGAAAGCCGAGGGAAAUUGCAAAGAUGAUUCAGAUGCCAUACACACGAUUGUAUAG